CUUAAAAUAUCCAAACAAUUUAGGUGUUCCUCAUUUGUCUUCUUCUCUUGUGAAGAAUAAAAAAGGGUUACAAGUAAUUAAUUAUAACUGAUUAAAUGAUGAAAGCUCUUACCUUAAUAAUCCUUACAUUCUCUAUUGGUGUCUUCUCACAUGCAACACCAAUAUUAGUCACUCGUCCUCAACUUCAAAUGAAUUUAUCUUCCACGCUUAACCAUACCCAACAAAUUAAUGAGACUACACUGAGCGGCAAUAAUUGCUUUUACAACAUUGAUGUAAAGACAAGUUGCAGUUCUCCAGCACAUACGACAGAUGGAAUUGGUAUUUCAGUUGGAGACGCCGAUGGCGAUGAGAUUCAUGCAAAACUGGAUGGUCCUUAUUCUGGGAUGUUCAAGCGAUGCACGAUGACUCCGUUUACUCUAUUGGGACCGUGUAUAGGAAAAAUCUGCAAAAUGUAUCUAGCUAGGGUUGGAUCAGAUGGUUGGAUGCCGGAGACUGUCACCGCAUACAACACUGACGACAACUCUCCUGUCACAUUCAACUUCAACUAUUUCAUUCCCCAGGCUCAAAACUCUGGCUUCGACUAUUGCCAUAAUAUAUAAGUUAUAAAUUAAUGUUACAAAAUAUGUGGUUUUUUUUUUUUGAACUACAAACUAAUAUAUAUAUAUAUAUAUAUAUUCAUAUGUAAUGCUCAUAGAGAGAAUGAGUAAAAGUAGUACUGGACCCCUAAAAACAAAUAUAACCCAAUAUUGAUCUUAGGCUCUAAAAUACACCCAAAAUAUGUGGUUAUUGCAUUUUGUCAAAGAUCUUAUAUAUCGUCAA